CGAUAUUUUGUUUCCUAUAGCUAUUUUACGUCAGGAAUUGAUCAUUACGAAUAGUCGAUCAUCGAAUCUUGUAAACAUGCAUCUUCAACAGGUUGUGGACCCGAACAUGCCAACAAUUUUCGUGGUCACGCCGACAUAUACCCGGCUAACACAGCGUGCGGAUAUAACGCGAUUCGUCAAUACAAUAAAGCACGUAGAGAAGAUGCACUGGAUCGUGAUUGAAGACAGUGAACAUCCCACUGAAGCCGUGCGUGAACUGAUGGCAGAGAGUGGUAUACCAGGGACGCAACUCUACACGAAGACGCCGGAAAAUUCAGAGAAGAAAGAUGGCAUGGAACGAUUUCAGUAUCAUCGUGGCGUAGACCAGCGAAACUUGGCCUUGAACAAAAUAGCUGCUAUGGGUGACAAGAAUGCGAUUGUAUAUUUUGCCGACGAUGAUAACACGUACAGUUUAGAAGUGUUCGACGAAAUGCGAAAAACUGAACGAGUAUCUGUCUGGCCCGUAGCAUUUGUCGGUGGGCAAAAGUACGAACGGCCGAUCGUUGUCGAUGGGAAGGUGAAGAAGUGGCAUGUCUCAUGGCAUCCGGAAAGAACCUACCCCACAGAUAUGGCUUCCUUUGCCUUCCACUCGUCUUUGUUACACACGGGGAGAGUUCCGCAGUUCUCACACGAAUGGCGACAAGGGUUUCUCGAGUCGGGGUUCCUCGAACAAUUGUUAGAUAGUCCAGAGGACCUCGAGCCUCGGGGAGACAACUGCACUAAGAUCCUCGUUUGGCACACUCGCACGAUGGAUGUGAAUAUCAAAAGGGAGGCCAAACUGAGGGCAGAGCCUUUUAUCAAGGUAUAGAUUUUUCGCUGCCUCCAUUUGGUAGUGGAAGAUGGAUAUGUGCCGCAAGGGUGUAACAUUGUAUACACAUAAACACAACUAAUAGUAGUUGACAUAACCAAUAGAGUGAAGGAGGAUGGAAAGGUUAGAUUCUGUAAUAAAUAAAGCAUUUGCAUAACCUCCUUCACUCCAUAAUAUUUGAG